CAAGAACCCUCAAUUUUCCAUCAAGGUGCCGCAGUUCCGUCAUCCUCUGUUUCGCAACGAAAUCUCCGAGAGAUAUGACCGGCACAGGCGUCUGGCGGCUUCGCUGGAACAAGGCCAUUGCUGGAGGAGCCGGAUAUUUGCUGGUUGCAGCGAUUUGCUUAACGAGUGAGCUGCUGAUUUGGGGCCUGAGUCGGACAUUGGCUUCGGCAAGGCUCGAGUUCUUCUCGACUAUCGUCGGCAUGUUGCUGGUUUUUGCUGUGAGCACGGCGAGCUGGGCGAUAUGGAAGAAGACGGAUGCCUUCUAUCGGAGGUGGCUCAAGGCAAGGGUUGACUUUAUCAAUGCUCAUUUGGGAGCGGGAUUCUCUGUGCCGAUGAUCAUGCUGGACCAAGACGAGAUGCUCAAUGGCGGCGAAGUUGGGAGGGUGAUUGGCUCAUUCAUUGCGACCAAUAUUGUGUCUUGGAUGACCGUGUUUUUCUUUUCCGUCGUGGCCCUCAGCGGAAUCACAAAACUAGUACCGCCAGAAACUUCAAGAAAAGGCUCAUUUAGCUCAGAAAAGAGCAUUGCGCCGUCGUCGUCCUUUGACGAAGAGAUCAGCUCGGCCGAUUUUGAAGACGUUCAGAACCAACCAGCUACACAAACACAAAGCAGGCCCUCGUGCUCGAGGAUUGCAGAUUCCGAGAGGCAAACAGGUCAAAACGGGCAAACUGCGCCGUCUUGCAAUGAUGACUAUGAAUCCUCCACUUGGAGCUUCCUAUCACGACACUACCCGAUUCUACUCUCACUCACUCUCGUCUUCACUAUCGGCUUGCCCUUGGCCGUUGCCGCCCACGAGGAGCGUCCCCUAGACGGCUUCAUCCUCUGGUUCAUCUGGAUAUCCUCUGUCCGAUCUCAACGCGCUUUUAAACACUCUCAGUUCUGCAGCUUUUCUCUUCCAUUAAAGCGUGGCCUAGCGACAAUGAUGAAUCCCGUCCUCGUAACCACGCUGCUUAUGACGGGAUACACCAGGGCCAAAGCCUCGGUUUUAGGAUCCAAUGGCCUUACCAGGACAUUGAAGACAUUCAGCGGAGGCACUCCUCUCUAUGCCAUCUGGAUAUCUGCCGUCAAUGGCGUCCGGAUACCUAAUAACCCAACUGGCUGGUUUGGCGCUGGCGACACUGCGCUCUCGAUACUCGAAUGCGGCAUUCUUGUAUGGGGCUUCAAGCUCUCGGAAUGUCGCCUCCAAAUCUUUAGCAUUGCCGGCCUCCUCUCCAUAAUACUAUGCACUAUAGCCGCAGCAGGCAACGUCUUCAUCUCUGUUAUCGCUAGUCGAGCUAUAGGUCUCCAUGAAUCCGAGGCUCUCAGCUUCGCCGCCAGAAGCACAACACUCGCCUUGGCGAAGCCUGCUACAGAGGCGAUUGGUGGGAACAGCCCAGUCAAUGCGAUGCUCGUAGUGAGCAAUGGCAUACUGGGGCAGCUACUAUAUCCCUUUAUCUUGGAAAAGUUGGGAGUGAGCAGCCAUGAAGACGACGAGACAACGACAGUUCCAACUACAACUCAUGAGACAAUGAUCACUAAUGAACGUUCACCCAUACAACCACCCCUAAAUGGCCAUCUUAUCUCUCUCGACACCAACAGGGCAAUAUCCUUCUUCCCCAAGUCGUGGCACCAAACCGCCUCCACAACAGACAGCCCCGUCACUGUCGCCGCAGGCAUAGCCAUCGGCAUCAACGGCGCCGCAAUGGGCGUAUCUUAUCUCUACGAAACACGAAGCCGCGCCGCACCAUAUGCAGCCCUGUCGAUGAUGGUCUUUGGCGUAAUGACUGUGGUGUUUACGACGGUGGAGCCGUUUAAAAGCAUACUCAUCAGCUUGGCGAGCCGAUGACAAUGGUCACGAG